UAACAAUUGCAGUACUCUUUUUCUGAUUUUUUAAGUACCUUUUCAUUUUAAACAUACAGUAAGCGUAACUUGUUAAAAAUGACCUGGGCGAGAGCAUUUCCAUAUAGAACAUGCAUUAUCACCAUCGUAAUGCUGGGAGUGCAGUCGUUGAAACCCCUUCUGCGGGAAAGCUCCGAUUGGUGCGCGAACAGCAAUGUGACGUCCAGUAUGCCGGCACCGUCAUUUGCACCCACUUCCGUUCACAAAGAGCCCUUUCCCAACUUUGACUGCCAGCCGAUGAAGCAGGAUGAAUGUGAUAAUAUGACCUUACUCAUGAUCCCGGAUUGCGUGGGUUGGUCCGUGGUGGACAUCAAUCUCAAGCACCCAAACCGAAGUCAAAGCCCGCGAAUUUUCCGCAACAUCAGCCUGGGCAUAGCCACAGUCCGGGAGAAUCGCGCUGUCCGGUUGGGUCUGUACGACACCUACCUAACCAUGACAAAGAUGGCCCUGGCGGUAGACUUCCGCUACCUCCCUGAAGGAAUGUUCAUCCACCAGGCGAUAGAUCCCAUCCGACGCAAUGUUAUCGAAUUCACUUUGUACAACUGUCAUCACCGCUGCACCGGCAAAAUGCCAACCUUGAACUUUACCAGUCUCCUGAACUUCACCAUCAAUAAAUGCGACUACAGUUACCGGAAACCGUUAUCGGUGCGCCGCGAUGAUUUUGUCCAGAACCCACAUUUGCGUUCCAUCAUAUUCAGUGAUUGCGUCACCAUGGAGCUGGAGCCGUAUACCUUCACACAUAUUCCAGAUCUGCGUUUGCUGGCACUGGAGAAUGACUUCUUCCACUCCUUCUGGAUGGAGGAAGAGGGUGCUCGGGAUAAACAACUGCGUCUGCGCCACUGUGAUUGUGAAUACGCCUGGUUGCGGGAUUUUCUCCGGGUCAAUCCCGAGUUAAUUGCACCGAAGACCGCCGGCCAGCUGUAUGAAGUCUGUCAGGCUGUUAGUCCGGUGGUUAUAAAAGAAGACAUUUUCGUGCCCAUUGACUGCAGGAAGCCGGAACUUCCUCAAAAGAAGAAUGGAGUUGAUUGGAAUGAAACUCGCUUUGCCUUUAACAGUGAUCCCCAAUAAUUUUUUACUCAUUACACUGAAUAACAGCAAUAAAUAUUUCUACUGAGAAAGUACACUCGCUUUUGCUGGCUGCAUGACCCAGGCGUAUAACUUUUAAUGGUUUGUUUGCUCAUCUUUCGCAAUAACUGCUUAGUUUUUAAAGGCACAAAGGUGAAUACGGAUAAGUUCUGCCUCUGACUUUUAACGCCGGUAAAUUAUUCGCAGUAAGAUUAUAAUAAUAAGAUGAAGAAAACCUA